CAUAAUAGUUCUACAAUAGUAAUCAUAUGUUACACCUUUAUAAAGUGUCCAAUAUCGAUCUCCCCUCUACGGCUUCCACUCACCAUCGCACCACCACCACUUCCACCACCACCGUCGACAUAGCUAUGAUAUCUCUCAUCCUCUCUCACACACAUACUUCACGCUCACUGUGUGUGUUCAUAGUACCAACGAAGCAAAACAAUGACUUGGCCCCAUCGAUAUAACUACGACCUCUGACCUGUCAGUCUGUGUGUGUCUCUCUCUCUCUCUAUGCUUUCUCUCUCACACACAACCACCGUAACAUAGACAGUGUCUUGUAUAAACCGCUGUUUGCAAUAAAAUAUCUUUGUUUAUGAGAAUCACAAAACAAUGGUUGAGAGUUUAGAUGCCCAAUUAACCUAAAAGACAAAGCCCAAGAAAGCCCUUAAACUCACAUGGCAGCUACUGCCUCUUCAGACAACCAUAAAAUUCAUCUACAGAAAAAGCCCACCACCAGUAAUAAGUUCAGACGCCGGCGGAUCAAAGAAACCACUAUUUCAUCCACCAUCACUAACCACCAUCAACACCCGUCUGUUGUGUCACCGGAAAAUAGUUCUUGGUGUUGCCCAUCGGCCGUUUCCUCCUACAAACACCCACCUCAACCGCAAACAACCACCGUUAACCCUCAACGCUGUUCGGAUUCUCCGGUCGUGUCUGCGUCAAGGGAAUCUUUAAUUGAAGAACCUUCGUUAAGUGUUGAGAAAUCCGUUAUUUUAUCUUCCGAUUCACCGGUAAAUCGCGAUAAGACAACCAUGACUACUACCACCGCCGUAUACGGUGGCGGUGCUAACCACCACGAAACAUUUCCAUCUUCUUUUACCAAUUUCAACUCUGCUCUCACCGCCGGACUCUUGAAUCCGAUGUCGCCGCCCCCACCCACCUCCGAUAAAACCCGAUCCAGCCCAACUCUUUUCGAGAUGAUGGCUAACGAACCUGAUUGUAAGAUCCCCAAUAAUUCAAACGCCAACGGCAAUGUUUCAUAUCCAACCCCUAAAAAACCCAGCAAUCAUAUGAUCCCACCACCGAUUAUUAUCGACAAACAAGCUUUGAUGCAACAGCGGUUGUUGGAUCUUUUGUCCUGUCGUAGCCCCGGCAGCCAAUUCAAUGACCCAAAUUCGAGUGAUGUGAAGCUCACGUUGACAUCGAAAGAUGGUAUGAUUGUUUCCAUGAAUGCUCAUCGACAGAUCUUGGUGGGUCAUAGUCGGUUUUUCGCCUCCAAAUUAUCAGAUUAUCGAUGGAAAGGAGGGCAACAACCAUACAUUGUUGAGAUUUCUGACUGCGAUGAUAUUGAGGUGUAUAUAGAGUCAAUUAGGUUGAUGUAUUGUAAAGAUUUGAGGAGGAAGCUCAUGAAGGAAGAUGUUCCUAAGGUUCUUGGGAUCUUGAAGGUGUCAGCAGCAAUUGGAUUCGAUGCUGGGGUUUUAUCUUGUUUGGAGUAUCUAGAAGCUGCCCCAUGGGCUGAAGAUGAAGAAGAAAAGGUAUCUUCUUUAUUAUCGGAGCUUCAGCUGGAAGGGGUAGGUGCCAUUGAAGUUCUAAAAAGGGUAUCAGUUGACUUUACAUCAGGGGUUGACCAUGGUGACAAUAAUGAAGAGGUUCUUCUCAAGCUUUUGCACAUUGUUCUUGAAGGAAAAGAUGAAAAAGCAAGGCGAGAGAUGAAAGUUUUGGUCUCAAAAAUGCUUCAUGAGAAUUCAUCAAGAAAUGAUUUAAGGAAAGAAUCUUUAUAUUCGGCUUGUGAAAAAUGUUUACUUUUGUUAAAAAAACAUUUCUUGAAAGCUUCAAAUGGGGAUUUACAAGAUGUUGCUCAAAUCACACGACAAGCGGAUAAUUUACAUUGGCUUCUUGAUAUUUUAACCGAUAGACAAAUUGCUGAGGAUUUCUUGAGGUCAUGGGUGUCUUUGACCGAGUUAUCAGAAGUUCAUUCUAAAGUGCCACCACUUCAUAGAUAUGAAAUUAGUAGAGUUACUUCAAGAUUAUUUGUGGGUAUCGGAAAAGGUCAACUUUUGGCUUCUAAAGAUUUGAGGUGUUUGUUGUUACAAACAUGGUUGGUACCCUUUUACAAUGAUUUUGCUUGGAUGAAGAGGGCAUCACGGGGGCUAGAUCGUCAUUUGAUCGAAGAUGGUCUUGGGAAUACUAUUUUGACUUUGCCUUUAUCUUGGCAACAAGAAAUCUUGAUGUCAUGGUUUGAUCGAUUCUUGAAUUCUAGUGAUGAUUGUCCGAAUAUACAAAGGGCGUUUGAGGUUUGGUGGAGAAGGGCUUUUUGUAAAAAAGAUCGCGAGCAAUAUCGUAUUACAAAUGGAAAUUUCAAGAAUUCUUGAAAUUGAGGUAUUAAUGGUAUAAAAAAAAGGAUACAUUUUUAGGUGGAGGGAUGUGAAUUAUUGAUGUUUUUUUUUUAUGUACAAGAUUAUGGUAAUAUGGUGGUUGGUUGGUUAUUGAUGGUGAUGAGUUCGUUUCCAAGUGUUUUAAUUUGAAUUUUGAAGCCUCAUGUCAUGUGACACCCACCCCAAUGGCUAUAUUUAUUUGUGGUUUUCAAUGAAAUUCUUUCCUAUUUAAGAUUUUUAA